ACCGCGAAGGUGCCUCUACAUCGGGUUGGGUUGGUGUUCAAGCUCUGUCAAAAUGGUCCACUCCAUAUCGCUGUGGAGCGUGGUACUCGUGGCCGUCUGUUCGCUCAUGGCAGCGGUUGAAAGCAAGGAAGUUGUCUGUUACUACGGUACGUGGGCCACCUAUCGCCAGGGCAAUGGAAAGUUCGCCACCGAGGACAUUGAUCCGUUCCUGUGCACCCAGCUCAACUACGCCUUCUUCGACAUCAAGCCGGAUGGUUCGAUCAGCAUUACGGACGACUAUCUCGCCCUCCCGUCCGGCCUUAACGCGAUCGGCAAGUUCUACGAGCUGAAGCAGCGAAACCCGGCCCUGAAGACGGUGGCCGCGAUUGGUGGCUGGAACGCCGGUACUGCCAACUUCAAGACGGUGGCCGCCAAUCCUCAGCUGCGUGCUACCUUCGCGAGAAACGCAGUCUCGUUCCUGCAGCAGCAUCGAUUCGACGGUAUGGACAUUGACUGGGAGUAUCCGAGACCAGAGGACAAGUCGAACUUUGUGCUGUUCCUCCGGGAGCUGGCGAACGCGUUCGCACCGUACAACUAUCUGCUAACGAUUGCGGUGGCGGCUCCCGAGUCAGCGGCCAACGAGGCGUACGACAUUUCGGCCAUCUCGGGCAUCGUCAACUACAUUAACCUGAUGACGUACGAUAUGCAUGGCAACUAUGGCGUGACCAGACAUCAGGCCCCGAUCAAUCAAGGACCGUCCUCGAUCGAUGACUCGAGUUACAAGCAGCAGCUCAACGUGGAAGCUGUGGUGAAGUACUGGCUGAGCCGGGGUGCUCCGGCCAGCAAGCUCACCUUGGGCAUUCCGCUGUACGGUCGCACGUUCAGGCUGUCCAACCCGAGCUUCGAUGGCGUUGGUGCGCCUGUCAGCGGCGUUGGCUCUCCUGGCCAAUACACGCAAGAGGCCGGCUCGCUGGGAUACAACGAAAUAUGUGAAGCUGCAUUCCCGCGGAAGUAUUUCGACUCGGCCCAGAUUGCGGCGUACGCUUCCGGCAACGGUGAGUGGGUCAGCUACGACAGUGUGGAUGUCGUCAACCAGAAGUGCAACGUGAUCGCGAAGUACGGACUCGGCGGAGGCAUGGUGUGGUCGAUUGAGCAGGAUGACUUCCGGGGCAUUUGCGGUCCCAAGUUUACGCUGCUGAGCACCCUGAACCGGUGCGUGAACAAUAAUGGUCCCGCGCCCGCUACCACUACCACGCGCGCGACUGCUGCACCGACAACGAGGGCUCCGACCACUACGACCAAAGCGGCCGCUUCCGGCUCUGGUUCCUUCGUUUGCACCCGGGACGGGUACUUCCGGGAUCCGUAUGACUGCAACAAGUACUACCGGUGCUACUCCGGGUAUAAGUAUUCCUUCAACUGUCCGACGGGUCUGUACUUUAACGAGGACUACGUGACCUGCGAUUGGCCCUACAAUGUUAGAUGCUAAGAUGCUGCUAGUGCGAUGAAGCAAUAAAGGAUAUUUGCAUUUGUUCGUUAACUUUAAAU